CUCGAGUGCAGCCAAUUCAUUCUAUCACAAACAUAGGAAUGGCUCUUUCAUUAUAUCUAAUCGCUGUUAUCUGUUCGUUGGUCGGCUUCACAGCCUCUCAGCAGACAUGCGACAACGACAACAGAUUCUGCUUCCCAAAUGUUGUGGCGAACUGGAUCGGAGCGGCCGAGUACUGUAGCCGAAACGGAUGGCGAUUGGCCGUUCUGGACUCGGAGCAGAAACAGCAACAGGUGGAGGAAUUGGCCCAACGAGUGGACGCAUUCAAAACGGCUAAAGUGGAACUGUGGAUCGGAGCAAGCGAUUUGGCCAGGGAAGGCAAGUUCAUGUGGCACCCGACGGGGCUGGACGUGUCCUACUCGAAGUGGAUCGCCGGAAUGCCGGACAACAAAGACGGUUACGAACACUGCGUCCAUCUGUGGUACGAACCGUCGCGGCUUAUCAACUGGCACUGGAAUGACGUGGUGUGCGCUUCGAUGCGUCGCUUUGUGUGCGAACAGGCGUAAAUUGCAGAUUCAAAUUUAAUAAAGGAAUCGCAAACUGAG